AUUAGUUGUUCUCUGCUCGUUUUUCAGUAUUUCUUUCCCAACCAUAUUUGUUUUCUUCCAAUAUCAUAUCUGUUCAUCAAAAUUUAUACAUCUCUUUUCCUUUUCCUCUCUUUUUGUGCAGGACAUAUUAGAAUGGAAGGCAUUGCCUGUGCUUCAAUUUUUGAUGAGGAAGCUCUCAAUGAGCUGCUUGAUGCUUUUGGUUCGAAGUUUUCUCUUGAGGACAUUGCUUCUGCUUAUUACGAUGCAAAAGGAAAUGUCAAUGUUACCGGCGACAUUCUCUAUGCAAGAAACCAUGGAAGUACUUCAAGAGCAACAUCCAAUGCAUAUGAAAAUAAGUCUGUUGGUGCAAGUACAACAUCUUCAGAAAAUACAUCUAUCAAUCUCAAUAUCGGAACAUAUAAGUCAAAACGAUGUUCUGUAUCAGCAGGCAGUGUUGCUGGUGUGAUAGGAAAAAACUAUGUUAAACCAAGGUCGUCAAGAAAGAACUGUUCUGAUGCUACCAAACCUGUGGAAAUAGAUUCAAAGAAAUUACUUAAAUCUUUGAUAUGGAGUGAAGAAGAUCCAUCAAGUAGAAAAACUAGGAAUAGCACCACAAAUGGUGAUCUUGAGAAAUUUUUGUUUCAGAUGCUAGGAGAUGGAUUUCAACUUGACAAAUCCGUAAUUCAAGAAGUACUUGAUUGUUGCGGGUAUGAUGUGGACAAGAGCAUGGACAAACUGCUUGAUAUGUCAGCUUCAACUUUAGCGAAAUCUGAUGAUGUUAUUGGUAUAGCUGCUGAAAAGUUCACGGGGAGAUGUCUGGAGAACCAAUCCUUUUUAAUCCAAGGGAAACCGCAAUCCAAAGAUUUUUCUCAAAGCACCUUUACUGCAUCUAUGAUAAGAAAUCCUAAAAGAUCUCCAAGAGGAAACAAAGACAAAGUCAAUCAAGAGAGAGAAAUCUUAGAAGCUUUGUUCACUGUUACUGAAACAUCCGAGGAAGCAGCAAAAAGAAACCGUGUAGUUAGUGAGGUGAGGAGAUCAAAGGCACUCGGUGAAUUGGUGACCGAACCUCUCGAGGACAAAGAUACAAGCCUUACAAAAAAUGUUGUAGAAAUGAUGAAAGUUUCGAAAGAUGUGGAAGAUCAAUGUGACGACGAUGAGAAUAGCUACGAUGACUUACGUCAAGCUGUGAAGGAGUAUUGGAUGACUAUGAAAGAAUACUAUAAAGCUGCUGCUGAAGCAUAUGCUGAGGGUGACGAGGCAAGAGCAACUAAAAUCAUGGAGCUAGGUCACAUUUUUAACAGAAAGGCUCGAGAGGCAGACGAAAAAUCAUCUGCAAAGAUGCUUGAAUCCAGUUGCGCAGAUGAUGAAAUUAUGUCUCUUGAUUUGCGUAACUUCAAACCCAAGGAAGCUCUUAAUCUUCUCCGAAUCCAUUUAGCUUCUGUAUCUGGCAUCCCUACUAUUAAGUAUUUAAGGAUUAUAGUGGGAACCAUUGAAGAAGAUACUAAAAAGGCAGCUCGAAGACGAUUGAUUAUGAAACAGCUAGAGAAGGAAUCGAUUAAAUGGAACGAAGAAGAGAAUGGCAGAAUAAUAUCGAUUCGAGUUGAUGUAAUCAACCCUAAAGAACUGAGUUUCGCGAAGGAAAAUAAGAAAACAGGGGAUUCUUCUAACUAAAAGGGUUAAAUAAUUUAGAGCACUACAGCAAUAACGAAGAAACCUUGUGCAGAUGCUGAGUUUUGCGGAUAAGAUGGCUACAUCUAUUGCUCACACCGGAACCUUGUGGUAAUGGCUAUCAAAUUUAUAGAAUGUUUUAU